CGGAAAUGGAGAAAUGCUUGAUCAAAUGCUCUCACACCACGGCUCUCUUGAGAACCCUUAAACCCCUUCACCGCAAACCCCACAUGCGCUUCUCUUCAACGCCAAUCCGUUCCGGCCACGCCCUCCGAUCGCCGCGCAGAGCCUACGACGCAUUGCUGUUGGACGCCGGAGGAACUCUGUUGCAGUUGGCCAAGCCCGUCGAAGACGUUUACGCCUCCAUAGGAGCCCAAUACGGUGUCACUGCAACUCCGGCUGAAAUCAAACAAGGUUUCAGAAGAGCUUUCUCUGCUCCUUGGCCUCAAAAGCUCCGAUACCAGGGAGAUGGGAGGCCGUUUUGGAAGUUAGUUGUUUCCGAAGCCACUGGUUGUUCUGAUGUUGAUUAUUUCGAACACGUCUAUCAGUACUAUGCUAAAGGUGAUUCGUGGAAAUUACCGGAUGGAGCUUAUGAGACAAUGCUACUUCUCAAGGAUGCUGGAGUUAAGCUUGCUGUUGUGUCGAAUUUUGAUUCCCGCUUGAGGAAGUUGCUUGAGGAGCUGAAUGUGUUGCAUUUGUUUGAUGCUGUUAUCAUUUCUUCCGAGGUUGGUUCUGAAAAACCAGAUGCGAGCAUAUUUAAAGCUGCUUUAGAUCAAACUCACGCGGAUGCUAGCAGGGCAGUACAUGUUGGCGACGACGAAAAAGCAGAUAAGGUUGGGGCCAAUGCUGUUGGAAUCAAUUGCUGGUUAUGGGGAAAGGAGGUGAAGACAUUCUCUGACAUUCAAACGAGAAUACUUAUUUCAGAGUCAUAGCUUUCAAAGGAUAAUAGGUGCCGGAAUGUGUUUGUUGUUUGUAAUGUUGUCCAGUCUAUACCUUAAAUACUACUCAUUUUCGGGUAUUACACAAGUGGGAUUUAUCUUCCAGAAUCUAUGUAAAAUAACAUUGAUCGGCCUCAGAAGGUUGAUUAAUGUUCAAAUUACCAGCUGUUUAGUGGUUUAUUACAAAAUUCCAGC